AUGGCCUCUUCUGCAGCUGUUCAGGCAAACCCUGCGGUCCCCUUCUUCGAUAGGCAACAAUCGCUAGCUAUUCUGGAGACCGAGGACAAUUCCGACAUCCGCUGCAAAUACCGUCCCUUCAUUCUCGAGGAUGACGCCGCGGAAGACUGGGUCAACAGGCUCGAGUUGACAACCGCCAUGGACAUGGCGGCGCAGGAGUUGGUAAAGUCUAACAACCGGCUAAAAGUCCUGGUCCUGUACGGCAGUCUCCGUCGGCGAUCCUACUCCCGCCUCGUGGCGUUGGAAGCCAGUCGGAUUCUUUUUCGUCUCGGGUGCGAUGUCCGCGUGUUUGAUCCCGAGGGUCUGCCGGUGAAGAAUGAUACCGAACACAACCACCCCAAGGUGCAGGAGCUGCGGGAGCUCAGCAAAUGGAGUGAUGGGCAUGUUUGGGUGUCUCCUGAGCAACAUGGGAACCUGACCGCCGUCUUCAAAAACCAGAUCGACUGGAUCCCACUCAGCAGCGGAAGCGUGCGCCCCACGCAGGGUCGCACGCUGGCGAUCGCACAGGUAUGUGGCGGAUCGCAAUCUUUCAACGCGGUCAACUCCCUGCGCAUCCUCGGCCGGUGGAUGCGCAUGUUCACCAUCCCGAACCAGUCCUCGAUCCCCAAAGCCUAUACCCAUUUCCCGGACGAGGGGCGGCCGGGUGAUCAACGGCUGCUGCCGAGCGGGAAUCGCGACCGCCUGGUGGAUUGCAUGGAGGAGUUUGUGAAAUAUACCAUCCUGAUGCGGCCGCACCUGGAGUUGUUUGGGGACCGGUAUAGUGAGCGGGAGGAGAAGCGGGUGAAGGAGGAGAGGGCCCGCGCGGAAUCAGGAGUCUAG